UUCUCCAAUAUAAUAGCUGAGCAGAGUGCAACCUUCAAUUUUUGAUGAAGGAGGGUUUUAUUUUCAGGCGAUUAUUAAUUAAAAUUCAUUAUAUUUGCUAUCGCUUUAUUAAUUAAACAUAUAAAUUCUAAGUUUCUGCAACACAUUGAUUUUCAUUGAUUAAAUUUAAACACAUUUCCAAGCUAGUAUGAGCAAUAAUAAUUCUCAGUUAAAUGAAGACCAAAAGCCACCCCAACAAAAUGUUGGAGGUUACGCUCCCCGCCGUCGAAGUGGCCGACCUAAUAAGAACUAUAAUCAACAAAAUUUGCAACAACAGCAACCACAAACACAACCUGCUGCAACGGAAGAUCCAUUGUCUAUUGAAGAUGCUCUAAAAAAUGUUAGUAAAAAUAAUUUACGUCCUCUUAAUCAGCUUCACGAAAUUCCCAGUAUAGCAAUGAAGACACCGGUAUCAAUCUUGCAAGAACUGUUGAGUCGUCAUGGUAUUACACCUAGUUAUGAGCUCGUUCAAAUCGAGGGCGCAAUUCAUGAACCAACAUUUCGUUAUCGUGUAUCAUUUAAUGAUAAGGAUAUACCUUUUACAGCAAUGGGCGCUGGUCGCUCAAAAAAAGAAGCUAAACAUGCUGCCGCGAAAGCUCUUAUUGACAAAUUAACAGGAACAUCUGUUGGCAGUAUGAGUGACAAUAAUCCCACUCUAUCCGCUACCACGAAUGGUGACACAACUUCUAUUGGAAAUUUGCAAGAAACUAGCUACGAGGAAAAAGUUCAAGGCAAUCCUAUAGGUUGGUUGCAAGAAAUGUGUAUGGCGAGACGAUGGCCGCCACCAACUUAUGAAACUGAAAUGGAAGUAGGAUUACCACAUGAAAGACAGUUUACGAUAGCUUGUACAAUAUUAAAAUAUCGUGAAGUUGGGCGUGGAAAAAGUAAAAAGGUAGCAAAAAGACUUGCUGCGCAUAAAAUGUGGACUAGACUACAAGAAAAUCCUUUAGACCAUGCUCAAAUCACUUCUGUUUUAGACGAAGAGGGCAACGAAGAGAAUCGUAUUUUAAACCGUUAUGCUGAUCUAAAAGAUUGUCAUGUUCCGGCUUUAACAAGUCAUUACAGUCAAAAAGUAUCACAAUUUCAUCGAUCUUUAAAAAAUGCUACGGGAACUAAAUUAGCAAAGCUACAGUCCACGUGUCUAAAGAAUACGGAAAUUAAUUACGUACAAUUUUUGGAAGAAAUCGCACAUGAACAUGAAUUCGAAGUGACAUAUGUUGAUAUUGAAGAAAAAACUUAUUCUGGGCGAUCUCAAUGUCUCGUACAGUUAUCAACUCUACCUGUGGCUGUUUGUCAUGGUUCUGGACUGUCGUCAAAGGAAGCUCAGGCAAAUGCUGCUCAUAACGCUCUUGAAUAUUUAAAAAUUAUGACGAAAAAAUAAAUUGUUUCAAAGAGCGUUCCUAACAUAAUAAAACAAAUAUGUUAUAUAUCUAACAAUUUAAUACAUAUGUGAAUGUAUCUAAAUGAGCAGCUGAAUUGAUUUAAAAUCUAAUAAUUUAUAAUUAGUUAUUCCAAAAAAUCCUUUAAGAGAUAUAAAAUUUUUGCAAGAAAUUACGUAAUUUCAACAAUAAAUGCAAAAAAAACAAUAUGAAAUCAAAAUAUAGAUGGCUAAAUUCCCGUAAAUAAUAUUUCCGUCUUUUUUAAAUAUUU